AAUCGCAAAAAUUGCAAUUGUGUGCCGAAACCCAGUAAAUUUCCGGAACCAUUUUUCGCGCUUCGAUUUUUGUUUUUGUUUUUGCAGCAGCAGCAGCGGUGUGUGUGCCCCCUCGUACAAGAACGGUCGCGAAACCAAAACGCAUUCAAGGAAAAGCGCUCCAACCGGCAGGUCCUGUGUCACUCUCUCUCUUCACGUCCGUUAGGCUCAAUCAUCAUCCAACAAAAGCAAAAUGGCUGGCGGUAAAGCAGGCAAAGAUUCGGGCAAAGCGAAAGCCAAAGCAGUGUCGCGCUCCGCAAGGGCGGGUUUGCAGUUCCCGGUCGGACGUAUCCAUCGUCAUCUGAAAAACCGAACCACCAGCCAUGGACGCGUCGGUGCGACCGCCGCCGUUUACUCGGCAGCCAUCCUGGAGUACCUGACGGCUGAGGUGCUGGAGUUGGCCGGCAACGCCUCGAAGGAUCUCAAAGUGAAGCGAAUCACGCCCAGGCAUCUGCAGCUGGCGAUCCGCGGUGACGAGGAGCUGGACAGCUUGAUCAAGGCCACCAUUGCCGGCGGUGGCGUCAUUCCCCACAUCCACAAAUCGCUCAUCGGCAAGAAGGGCGGCCCCGAGUAAUAAGCAGUCCCGAGUUUUUUUUUGGAUAGCGGGGACAGUGAGAUGCAAGGGGGGGCGCAGACGAUAGCAGUCCCAUGCGCGAAAACAUGGGAAGAAGCAGAGAGGGAGAGAAAGGGAGAGGGAAGAGGAGGAGCAUUGGGGAUAAUCCAUUUGUAUGACCACAAUGAAAGUUUAUUUUUAAUCGUGAGCGUGUGUGAGAGAGCGUAUGCUUUUUUUUCUAUAUAGAACCUACGGUGUUAUAGAGACAGAGGAGAUAAAGAGGAAGAAGGGGGUGGGAGGAGAGAGUGGUUAGACGAGCGCGCGCGCUCAAACCCGAACGAAGGAGACUUUUUAGAAGGACUAGGAGAGGAGCGGUAGGGGCAGUUUGCAUUUUUUUUUGUCAUUGUUUUUACCUUUGAUUGCAUCGUCGUUAAGGCAGGACUCGUCGCGCACUAGCGGAAGAGGAUUGUGAGCUUUCGAACCAUAUAGAGAGCGCGCGCUCAUCCAGCCUUAACCACCACCUUGCCCCCCCGGGGGGGAAGGACGAUGAGUUCUGUUUACUUAUUGUGUCUUUUUUUUCUAUUCUUACUCUCUUUUUCCGAUCGCUCAACCUCAAUAACGAUAUAUUUAUAAGAAACAGUGAACCUACAUUUCACUACCACACACAGAGACUCGGAUUCUCGGGGGGUAUUUUUUUUUUUUUUGGUUUCCUUGGCAUAGAUAGGUCCCGCCAAUAGAUUCUACUACGUACUAAAAGAAAAAGGGAAAAGUGACGGGAGGGAGAAUCUUUCCGGGAUCCUCGACUGUUGGAAUCAAUUUUUAAUCGGGGGAGAAGCGCAAAACAAAACACGUCUACUACUACUUACGCUAAUAAAGAAAAGAAGAGUCUUAAACAACUCACCAUUGUACAACGACAGGCUCUAUACUUUCACGUUUUUAGCUUGCAUGGCGGGAGGACACGUUUCCAUUUCCGUUCGGAGCAAACCAUACCCCCAUCUCCCACACGCCGCCCAACUGACCUUAGCUUAACGGGCACAGCGAAAGACGCCAGAGCUGACCAGACGAUUGCUGCAAAACGGAGCAGAAACGAAAACGUAAAUGACUGUUCACACAAAUCUUCACAAGGUUACAGCAUCUUUUUCCUUUUUUCUUUUGGUUUGCCUGACGAAACACACUGCUCAUCGAUAUUGGGAUUUUGUACAAACAAAAAAGAGAAGAGGACGCGAAGCAGGAAAGAAAAGCCGAAAAAUUUUACACAUUACACACAGAAAGAGAGAGAGCGCAUUAGUAACAAAGAUGGAAUGGAACACAGCAUAGUGAAGUACCGCUAAUAGUGAGAGUUUUUCUUUUUUUGAUGAAGAACAAUAGAUGAAACAUACAGAGAGAGAGAGAGAGAGAGAGAGAGAGAGAGAGAGAGAGAGAGAGAGAGAGAGAGAGA